UCCCAUUCCUCUUCACAUUCAAACUGCAGCUUCAGACAGUUCAUGCAUAGAAAAGGCUGCUCAGCACUUCUGCUAAAUUUUAAGGUUUACGUUGUUUUAGAGGUAGCCAAGGCGUCUGUUCUAAAUUUUGUGGCACAUACGUGGCACACAAAUUAUAUAUUUAGUACAUAUACGUAGUUCGAUUUCCUCAGUAUAUAAUGUGGAAGCUCUUCAGUUCAAUGAGAAAGUGGAUCGGAAACUACCUCUACUUUUCCAAGGCUACUUUAUGCAUCCGGGGUUUGGUCUUGAGCCAUAGCUUCGUAAACCAUGUGGUAAUAUCUGUAUUGAUAACGUACCUCACGGUUGAAAUUUGGAAGCCAUCAAAUGAUAAUUAUCAGCUGGCUGCUGUAGCUAUAAAUAUGCUAGAUGGGGUAUCAUCCAUCAUGGUGUGUGUCCUUGCUUUCAUCUCAAACAGGGUCGGUCCUUUUAAGGUGAUUGCCUCCACGAAUGCUGCCUAUAUUCUUGGCCUGGUUCUAUUGUGGAGUUCAUUUAAUUAUGCGGGCAUGAAAGCCAAUGCAUCUGAUGAAGUAUUCUACGGAGCUGGCCUACUGUUAGCAUUAGGCGAGGCUGGACGGCCGGCUGCUUUGGGUAAAUUUCUCGACGACCAAUAUUUAAGUGAAGCUGAUCACAAGAUCAAAUUACCCGAAACAAAAAGUAUUGAAGAAGAAGAUCAUAUUUCGACCAGAAACGAAGAACAAGAAGAUCAUAUUUCGACCAGAAAAGAAGAAGAGGACAAGCAAAAACGAGUGGAAGAGGACAAGCAAAAACGUGGGGAAACCCGUCAAACCGCUUUAUGGAGCCAUCCCUGGUUCAUAGGUGCGGCUGCACCUCUUGCCCUUGUAAAUAGAUCUUGGAAAACUCAACUACUGCUCUCAAUGAUCGCGGUGGGAGUUUCUUACUUAUUGUUCUGGUAUGGCGUCUUCGCGUAUUCCAGAAAUAUCAGAAAUGAAUCAAAUGAUCCAGCAGUAGAAGAUGCACCAAGAGAUCCUGGACUUUGCCAAGCCAUCAAAAGUCUCUCACCACCAGAAAAAACAGCAAGCUUGAAGUUUUGGCUCAAACCCAAUUCCAGAAAACGUUAUUACAAAGAAAUGCUAGUCAUGUGCUUAGCCUUCAUCGUAUACAGUCUGGUGGAGGCAACGGGGAGCACCUUCUUUUUCAAUCAAAUGAGUCUACUGAACUAUCACAUCGGGAACUUUAAAUUGCCCAUCAUAUAUUUCGUUAUACUCCAAUCCUUGUCAAGCUCCGUAAUCUCAUUUCUCUGGAGGUUACUAGUUCCAAAUCCGUCAAAACGUGCUACGUUGGUGAGGAUCGGCUGUGGUUUAGUUUGCUCUGUGCUAUGUAUGGUUGCUGCUUGGCAAGUUGAGAUUCGUAGGAAAAUUAAGAUCAAUACGGAAUACAUAGGUAAACCCAAACCCGACAAAAUUUCCAUGAGCAUUCUUUGGUUAAUUCCACAAUUCUCCCUGUUAGGGUUUAUGAGAGGGUUAGCGGCAGAUGGAUUGAUCGAGUUUUUUGCGGAUCGAGUUGAUGGUAAUGGUAAAAGAAAGGCUAGGUAUUAUGGAUCCUACGCCAGUGAAUUAGUCCUGGGUAUUGGUACACUACUAACCGCCGUUAGUAUUUUGGGGUUUAGACGAACUUGGUUGGUUAAUGAUAUAUACAAGAAUCGUCUGGAUAAGUACUACAGGGGACUAGUAUUCAUAGGUGUUGCUAACCUUUGCUAUUACUUCUGUGUCGCCGUUUGCUUUUAUACCAAGGAGGAUAACUCGCAAGUAAUUUGUGCCGCAGAUGGAAAUCAACAAAGUGAAAUGCCGGGCGAGGACAAAAAAUAUUAUCAUCACAAGGUGUCGUCAGGUGGUGCGGAGACUCCGGACUUGGAAGAAAUGAAGUCGAGUUUUGAAUGUUGUAGUAGUUUCUUUUGAUUGUCAAUCAGUGAAAUUCCCUAGAUAACUAAUUUGUGUAUUUCCUUAUGUCCAGAAUAGAGUGAUUGCUUAAUUUGUAAUAUGGCAAAUACAUGUAUAAUUUGUAGCUAAAUGUACUUUUUGCAUGCAUUGUCCAUCGCGCAAUCUAUGUGUGAGAACUUUCUAAACGCGCACCU